GCUGCCUGGGGGUGGGUGCAGCAUGGCUGGGCAGCAGAGAAAAAGCAGGGCUGUCAUCAUUGUCAAUUACUCGUUCCUCGGUGGGCCUCCGCCCCGGAAAGGGGCCAAGCGCGAGGCCGAUAAGUUGUUUAAAGCGUUAUCCAGACUCAAUUAUGCAGUGAAGUUGCACUAUGAUCCGACAGCGGAGGAGAUAGAGGAGAUCUACCAGCAAGAGAGCCAGGAAGAGCAUGGCGAUUACUUCGUCAGCAUUCUGUCCAGCCACGGCGAGGAGGGGGCCAUAUAUGACUCCGAGGGACAGCCGGUGAGGUUGACAAGGAUUUUCCAGUUGCUGUCCCCACAACGGUGCCCAGCGCUGGCUGGAAAGCCCAAGAUCUUCUUCAUACAGGCCUGCCGUGGCUCAGCAAUGGAUGAGGGCGUGCAGCUGGACACGGACAGUGCCGGGACCUCCGACGACAGCGUCUCGCACUACCUGUCCCUCCCUGAGAGCACAGCCGUGAUGUUCGCCUGCAGCCCAGGCUACGUCGCUUUCCUAAAUCCCAUGGGCUCCAUGUUUCUCCAGACCUUGCUGGAGUUUCUGGAAGGAGAAGAGCGGCAGCUUGAACUUGCACGUCUAAUGACCCGCAUCAACUGGAAAGUGGCGUUUCACUGCGAAGCCAAAGGGGAACACGAGGGGUACAAGGAAAUGCCCUGCUUUGUCACCAACAUGGUGCGAGAGGUCUACCCAUUCGCCACCUAAGCCACAGAGAGCAGCAGCUUUUGAGAAGUCAGGUCUCGCCGGAGGGAGUCACCAGCUGCUUCCGAAUUCUUUCAGGAGCACCGUGAGUAGGCAGUGACUUCAGGACAGUCCUGGAAAACGUGAGGGCCGGCAGCAUUUCUGGCCCAACCUCCAACCAAGUCCACAGACCAAGGACUUUUGUGCUCUAUGUGCAAAGGCCAUGCACCUCUCCAUGGCUCUAGGAAUAAUAAAAAUAGUAUUGUGCUCCUCUAGAGCAUGAGCUGUUUGAUUCUGGGCCAGCUUGUUGCUGCACGGGGGUUAAAGAUACAACAGCUCAUCUAACGUCUAAAAUCCACAGGCCCCCCUCAGAGGAGUUUGAAAAUUGGUGGCCCAGUUCAGGGCCGAAAGUAGAGUAGCUGGAGUAUAUCUGUGUUUAUUUGGUUAAGGAAUU